AGUUAGUUCGUUCGUUCGGAGGCCUAACAAUGUCAACCGAAGAGACCGUUUCAUCUUCACCUGCUGCUGCUACGCCAAAGAAGGCGAAGAAAUCAGCGAGUAAGAAACCGAAGACGAUACCAUCACAUCCUAAAGUUUCAGCUAUGGUCGUAGAGGCUAUUACGAGUUUGAAAGAACGGGGUGGCUCUUCUCUUCAAGCCAUUAAGAAGCAUAUUGCAUCGCAUCACAAAGUGGAUAUUGACCGUUUGACCCCUUUUAUCAAGAAGUAUCUGAAGAGUGCUGUAGCUGGUGGAAGCCUAGUUCAGACGAAAGGAAAGGGAGCUACUGGUUCAUUCAAAGUUAGUGCAUCUGGCCAUAAAAAUAAGGAGUCAGGAAAACAAGAGAAGAAGCCAAAGAAGGCAGCUGCAUCACCGGCGAAGAAAGCUAAAGCGCCUGCAAAGAAACCAGCUAAAGCAAAAGAGGAGAAGAAAAAGCCUGCUGCCAAAAAAACGAGCGUUAAAAAAGUGAGUAAAGCAAAAAGCCCAAAGAAAGUUGUGAAAGCAACGAAGCCGAAGCCUCCCAAAGCAAAGAAACUUAAAGCAGUUAAAAAAGCCACUCCAAAGAAAGGCAAAAAGUGAAAGGAUGAUGGACUGAAAUA